AUCUCUCCGUCCAUCGUCCACACCGGUCUCACUCCACAGCCAUUAUACCCCGCCUCCAACGCCAUGUUGUUCAAGAAGCUCCUUUCCAUCUCAAUGGCCGUCCUGGCCACGGCAUCCACCGUCCAAGCUGCCCCCACAAGCAAGGUCACCGCCGCUGUCGCGGGCCAGGCCUUUGAUCAUGUCUUUAUGAUCUUCCUCGAGAAUACCGACUAUGCUCUGGCCUACUCGGACCCCAGCUUCCAAUCCCUCCUGUCCAGCGGUAUCCUCCUUAACAACUACCAUGCUCUGACUCACCCUUCGGAGCCCAACUACAUUGCCUCCAUUGCUGGAAGCUAUUAUGGCGUCAACAACGAUGGUACCUACAACUUCGAUUCCUCUUACACCUCGAUUGUCAACCUGCUCGAGGCUAAGGGCCUGACCUGGAAGACCUAUCAAGAGAGCAUGCCUUCGGUCUGCUACACCGACUCCUCGUACAAGAGCCUCUACUACCGCAAGCACAACCCCUUCAUCAGCCACCAGUAUAUCUCCACGAACGCCGCCCGCUGCAAGAAUGUCGUCCCCUCCACCCAGCUGACUACGGAUCUGAACAACAAUGCCUUGCCGAACUACUCGUUCUUCACCCCGAACAUCAAGAACGAUGGCCAUGACACGACCGUUGGCUAUGCCGGCAAGUGGCUGGUCAAUUUCUUGAGCCCCUUGCUCAAGAACCCUGCCUUCAUAAGCAACACUCUCGUGGUCGUUACCUUUGACGAGGCCGAGGACUACACGGACGAGACCAACCAUGUUUUGGCUUUGUUGUUGGGUGAUUCCGUCAGUAGCCUGAAGAACACUGUUGAUAGCACUUAUUAUACCCAUUAUUCUCUCCUCUCGACACUCGAGUCCAACUGGGGACUCGGUAACCUCGGCAGGGGUGACGUCAACAAGCAGCUGUCGAACGUUUUCAGCUUUGUCGCUGCCAAGACCGGUUACCAAAAUGUCAAUGUCACCAACCCUCCUCCUUUAAACUAAAAAAAAAAAGUACUCCUGUUCCGCUCGGGUAUAAAGGCGCGCGCCCCGACGACGCGUCGAUCAAGCUAACGUAGCAUCACUGAACGUCUAAAUAAAAACAAACCGUGUAGUUUUCGCUG